GAAGGCUUUGUAUUGUCUAGCAACGCUGGCCUACGUACAUGUGCGAGUGAAAAUGGCCGACCUCUUCCGCGGUUCUGACAGCGAUUCCGACGAUGUUGGUGAGCUUAAAUUGAACAAAGACUAUGCCAAGAGCUACAACAAGUGGAGAGAGAAAGAAGAACUUCAGAAAUUGAAGGACAAAUAUGGCGACGACGUCACAUUGGAUUCGUCUUCGAGUUCAUCGGAAUCGGAGGAUGAGGAUGCCGAGGAACUUACGCCGACGCUUGAGAAAAAGUUCUUGGAGACCCUCAGUGCCCUUAAAAGCAAGGACCCGAAGAUUUACGACAAGGACAUAGUGUUUUUCGAGCCUACAGGCGACGUUGAGGGCGAGCCAAUGAAGGAAAAACAGAAAAAGGAGAAGCCCAUGUUCCUGAAGGACUACAAAAGAAAACUGAUUGUUGAGAAGCAAGGCAUGUUGUCGGAUGAGGAAGACGUCACAGGAGAUUCACCGGUGCAACACAAGCAGGGCCAUUUUGCCACUGCUGCCGAAGAAGAACACUUAAGAAGAAGCUUCAAGGCAGCCCUCGCAGACUUCGAUGAUGACGAGGAUGAUGAUGGGUCACUGCUGCAAACAGCGAAGCACAGUAAGGAACUGAAGGCAGAGGCUGAUGAGGAAUACAAGAAGUGGCUGAAAGGGGAGGUGGAUAAGAUCCACCAGAAGAAAGAUGUCCAGAAGUUGGGCUAUCUCCACGACUACUGGAACAGCAGCAACUUGGACAAGGCUGAGGAGUUCCUUCGUGACUACAUUCUCAACAAACGUUAUCUGGAAAAGAGCAGGUUGCCAGUAGCCCAGCCAGAAGAUAAUGAGGACCUAAGUGCAGACGAAGCUACUCUUGAAGAACAGGAAGCGUUUGAGCACAAGUUCAACUACCGCUUUGAAGAGCCAGACUCUGAAUUUAUCAAGAAGUACCCCAGAACAAUGCAGGACUCUAUGCGACGGAAAGACGAUCGGCGAAAAGUCAAAAGACUGGAAGUGAGGGAAAGGAAACUACAGGAGAAAGAGCAAAAGAAGGAAGAGAUCAAUCGGCUAAAAGCGUUGAAGAAGAAAGAAAUCCUCGAGAAACUUGAGAAGCUCAAAGAGGUCACCGGAAAUGACCAACUCGGCAUUGCAGAUGCCGAUAUUGAGGGAGACUUUGACCCUCAGGAGCAUGACCGUCGCAUGAAUGCCAUAUUUAACAAUGAGUACUAUGAGCAAGAGGCUGAGGAGUUGAAGCCAGAAGACCCCUUGGAUGAGGAACUAGGACUGGAAGACUGGGACCAGUGGCAGGGAGGUGAAGGUGAGGAAGCUAAUGAAGAAGGAGGUGAGGAUGAGCAAGACUGGUCACAAAAUGACGACGUCUAUCCUGGCUAUGAAGGUGAUGCUGGAGAAAACCAAGACGAUUCUGAGUGGACAGGUGAAACAAAAGGCAAACGUCGGAAAAAGUCCCAUUUUGCCAAGGUUGUCAGCAGGAAAAAGCCAUUGUUUGAUCCAUCAAGCAAGACAUUUGAGGAAUACUUUGACGAAUACUACAAGUUGGACUUUGAGGACAUUGUUGGAGGAAUGCCCACUCGCUUUCGGUACCGUUCUGUCAUCCCCAAUGACUUUGGCUUGACUACAGAAGAGAUUCUUGCAGCCAAAGACAAGGAGCUGAAUCGAUGGUGUUCUGUGAAGAAAACCUGUCAGUACAGGACUGAAAAUGAAGAGAUGCAGGACUUACGCACAUUCCAGAGGCGAGCCACUAAUGAUGCCCUGAAGCGAAAGAUCUUCCCCAGUUUGUAUGCAGAACCUACUGAGACGAGUGAAACACCAUCCGAGGAACCGAGCAAAAAGAAAAGACGAAGAAAGAAGAAAUCUGGUCUUGUCAAUGGGAGGGCUGCAAGUGGAGAGCAUGAUGACACCUUGGACACCAUGCCAACAGCAAUUACUCGUGCUUCUUCUUCAGACGUUACUGCGGCAAGCAAAAAAAGACAAAAGAGAAAGACAUCCACUCAUGCUGAAUCUUUAUCUGGCAAUAGCGAUCCACAGCCUGCAAGGCUUAUUCCUGUUAACGAUGAUGAUUGUGAACCUUCUAAGAAAUUCAAGUCUGAUGUCCAGAAUUUAUCCACUGAGCUUGGCCAAGGCCAAACAACAUCUAGAAGUGGAGACAUAGCUAGCAAGGAUGGCAGUAGACAAAUGACGGCUAACCCUGACAUGUCUGCAAGCAAAAAGAGGAAAAAGAAGCUAAAGGGUGUAAAGCAGUCACUGCUGCCUCGACAGAACGUUCAAGUUCCAGCGCUCAAGGUGUCGGACAAUAGGCUUAAAGCCUAUGGCCUGAACCCCAAGAAGCUGAAAAAGCAGUUGAUAUAUGGCAAGAAAAAGGAUAGUUCUUGAAGUUCUUUGGGAAAGUCUUGAGACAGCCUUUACGUUGAUAGACAGUGCUGAAUGGCUCAUUUUUAAUGUGGAUUAUAAAACCUGUAAAUAAGUCUUA